AUGUCAAUCAUCGCCGUCCUGCUGUCAUUGCUGCUUCCCUCCAUCCACAACGCCCGCGCCGCGGCUCGACGGACCCAGUGCCUGAAUCGAAUGCGCCAGGACCCGUCUCAUCGAUUCCCUCCGUAUGGUACCUGGGGAGACUAUCGAGACAGUUCCGGCACCUGGCAGCCCAGCGGUCCGUCCGCUCACGGAGCCCAGCUCAGGAGCUGGGUUGUCGAUGUGCUCGGACAGCUGGAUCGCCAGGACCUGUUUGACCGCUGGGAUCACACGCGUCGCCACGACUCCACUUAUAUCGGAUCCAGCGGCACGUCCAAUCGGCAGCUCAUGCAGCAGUAUGGCCUGGAAGUGCUGGUCUGUCCGGAUGACCAGACGGCACAGGAUUCCCCCGGGAGCCUGAGUUAUGUGGUCAAUGUGGGUUAUGCCAACAUCGACGGAUCGCUCAGCAGUGGCAGUGGAUGGGGAUCCAGCAACUAUCAUAACUACAACGAUCCGGACCUGGAUCUGAACGUCAAUGGCAGUAUCAACGAUCUGGAAGACCAGAAAAUUCAUCGCCGCAGCGGAGUCAUGUGGCGGAUGGUGGUGGAUCGCAAUGGUGACGGACUGCCUGGCCAGCCGCGACCGAAUCGCAGUCAUGGUCCCAACAGCAUCUACGACGGUCUGAGCAAUACGAUUCUGGUCACUGAGAACAUCAAUGCCGGCAACAGUCAGCUGUGGGGCGACCCGGAUCCGCGCAACUGUGCAUUCGUAUACCCAAUCAGCGCUGACACCACCGAUUUUGACUCCACCACUUACUACGCGGCCGCACCGUUCGACACCAAUCAUCCCUACGGUCGGAUCAACGCGGCCCGUGGUGGCCCGGAAGGGGAACGACCGUUUCCGAAUUCCAAUCACGCAGGUGCAGUGAACGUGGUCUUUUGCGACGGCAGCACACGCACCGUCUCGGAUAACCUGGAUAUCAACAUCUACGCCCGCCUGAUCAGCCCGGCAGGCGAUCGGCAGCAGGGUACUAUCACCGCUCAACAGCCGCUGGAUGGCAACAGCUUCUAG